GGUUUGACUUAAGAGUAAUAAAUGGCAAUGUUGCAACUGGUGAAGAGUCCAGGAACUAUUGCCUUCUUUGAUACUCUGAAUUACGCUUUGCAGCGAAGAAACGAUGUGGCUUGGCAGCAAAGGGCCCUCUGGGUUCUCACCUAGUUCAACAGCAGAGAAAGUCACCCAAGGAAUAGAUGGAACUGGUCUCGCUGCCAUUGUUACUGGAGCAUCGAGUGGUAUUGGGGCUGAGACAGCGCGUGUUCUUGCAUUGCGUGGAGUUCAUGUUGUUAUGGGGGUGAGGAACAUGGCUGAUGGAAGGAAUGUUAAAGAAGCAAUCAUGAAGGAAGUGCCUACUGCUAAAGUGGAUGUGAUGGAAUUGGAUCUCAGUUCAAUGGCAUCUGUGAGGAAAUUUGCAUCAGAUUUCCAUUCAUCGGGUCUUCCUCUGAACAUUCUUAUCAAUAAUGCAGGAGUUGUUGUUACUCCGUUCACACUUUCACAAGACAACAUAGAACUACAUUUUGCAACAAACCACAUAGGCCAUUUUCUUUUGACAAAUCUUUUGUUGGAGACAAUGAAAAGUACAGCACAUGAAAGUAAGAAUGAGGGAAGAAUUGUUUGUGUUUCAUCAUAUGGUCACCGGAGUACAUAUCCCGAAGGAAUUCGUUUUGAUGGAAUCAAUGAUAAAUCAGGGUAUGAAACUUGGCGCGCAUAUGGCCAAUCAAAGCUUGCGAACAUAUUGCAUGCUAAUGAACUUAAUCAGCAUCUAAAGGAAGAGGGGGUUGACAUAACUGUGAAUUCACUUCAUCCAGGAGCUAUCAUGACCAAUAUUCUACGCGAUAACAGCCUUUUAAAUGGAAACAGCUUUUUAAAUGGAAUUGUUCGUUCACUUGCGAAAUAUUUGCUAAAAAAUGUUCAGCAGGGUGCUGCAACCACUUGCUAUGUGGCUAUGCAUCCACAAGUCAAGGGGGUCGGUGGUGAGUACUUUGCUGAUAGUAACCUAGCUAAAUCCACUUCACAAGCUAAGGACAUGGAGUUGGCAAAGAAGCUAUGGGAAUUCAGCAUGAGUUUGAUUGGUUGAUGUACCUUUACCUCAUAGACAUUCCAUUCUUGAUUGGAUUUGGAAGAUAAUAUUUUGUGAUUUAUGAUCUAGAAAAAUUAUGUUUAUUUUGUACUUGUUACAUCAGUUAGUUGUGCGG